CGCUGGCUGAUAAGAGCCUCACCCACUGCAGCUAAGCCUUUUAUCGCUACUAGGGAAGAUCGCAUGCGACCCUGACCUGCGAGUAUCAGUGACAGCUGCACUGGCUUCCCCUGUAGUUGCCUUUAUGCAGGGCUACACUAUGCGAAGAGACUUGCUAUCGUGACCACACCAUUGCUACCAACUAGACAUCUCUAAUUGACGGACUUUUCUAGCCAGGGAGCCGCUCAUCAUGCCAUUGACCUUCUGUCCCAACUGCAGCAAUGCGCUCACCAUCUCUCGCGCAGAGCCAACGUCAAGACAUCCCCUUGGCGUCAAUCGCUUUGAAUGCCGCACCUGCCCCUACCAAUAUGUCCUGGAACAGAGUUGGUUUGAGAAGACACCGAUGAAGCAAAAAGAGGUCGAGGAUGUCUUCGGCGGCAAGGAGGAAUUUGCGAAUGCAGAUAGUGUGGCCACCCAAUGCCCCGCAGAGAACUGUAAUGGCGACCGUGCAUAUUUCUUCCAGCUGCAGAUUCGAAGUGCAGAUGAACCGAUGACUACAUUCUUGAAGUGUACCACGUGUGGCGCCAGAUGGAGAGAAAAUUAAUCGUGUCGUGUCUCUCGGUCCCAUGCCUCUCGGUUUUGUACUAGAGUUUUGCGCGCCGUUCAUAUUAUAAAGAAGCACGGGGUUUGUCCCUCGACACAAAGACUCUGUACUCAUGGGCUCAUGGUGCCCCUUGGGCCCUUGAGCCCUGCGAUGAUGUACGAUCUAUCUAGCUCAAACAGAUACCCCUCAAUAGAAGAUUGACCGC